AGAGCUGAGAUGUUGUAUCCACAAUAUAGGAGCCUUUCCCUCUGUCAGACAUCCUAAACCAACCACUCUCUAUGAGGAGGUGAGGAUAUAUUUGGAAUACAUCCUGCUGGAAACUGGAGAGCUCCCUUGGCCUUUGCUGGGAGCGUCUGGACUGACGAUACACAAGGGAGUAAUUUACCACCAUUUUUUUAUCCACCUGGAACAACGAGAGAAGCAGAAAAACCAGUCAGUCAAAGAAAUUUGUUUUCUAUGUUGGAGAAGAUGCCACAGUACUAAACAGGUGGACUGGUUUCAUUCAAAGAAUGUCUGUGGGACAAAGUCAGGGCUGCCACUCCCUCUCUGAUGGCUUUGAGGAAACAAAUGGGACUAGCACAGACACUGGACCAGAACCAGAACCCGAGGAACUGGACUGGGAUGGCUACAGUGCCACACUGGAGCAUAAGCCAGCAGCUGAGCAGGAGCAUGCCCAGGUGGCCGGGCAGCACUGUGUCCGACUGGAGAAGGCCCAGCGAGAACUGGAGCGGCAUCUGUCAGGUCUGUCAGAUCGUCUGGAGGAGGAGGAGGCCUGUUCUGCUCAGCUGCUCCUCCACAGGGACAGGCUGGAAGCAGAGUGCAGCAGCCUCAGACAAGACCUGGAGGAUCUAGAGAGCGCACUGACCGUAGCUGAGCAAGAGAAACAGCUGUUAGGCAGCGAGGUGAGGGGGCUGUCAGAGCAGCUUCAGCUAAAGGACCAGGCUGUGCAGACGCUCCAGAAGGAGAAGGAGCAUUUGGUGAAGCUCAGCCAGACAAGGAGGAAGCUGGAAGGAGACAGUGGAUCUGCUCUGAAGGGUUCUGGAGAAAUGGAGAAGAUGAGGACUGGUCUGGAAGAUCUCAUCAGAAGGGAGGACUUGGAGAUCAGUAGUACCACUGCCAGGUUGGGGUCAGAGGAGGUCCUGAACGCAGGCCUGCAGCAGAGGAACAGGGAGUUCCAGGCUCGCAUUGAGGAGCUGGAGGAGGAGCUGGAGGCAGAGCGGGCUAUGAGAGCCAAGGUGGAGAAGCAGCGAGCAGAUCUCCUUAAAGAAAUUGAUGAUCUGACGGAUCGGCUGGAGGAAGCAGGAGGAGUCACUGCUUCACAGAUGGAGGUGAACAAGAAGCGAGAAGCUGAGCUGCAGCGUCUGAAACGAGAGCUGGAGGAGUCAUCUGUCCAAUCAGAGGCGCUUUCUGCAGCACUGAGGAAGCGACACAGCGAGUUGGUGGCAGAGCUGAGCGAGCAGUGUGAGGCUCUGCAGCGGACCAGAGCCAAACUGGAGAAGGACAAGCAGAACCUGAGGAUGGAAGUGGACGACUUGGCCACGUCACUGGAUAGCCUACAGAAAGCUAAGAUGGCAUCAGAAAACCAGAUAAAGAAACUGGAGGAACAGCUGUUUGAGGCCAACAGGAGAGGAGACGAGCUGCAGAGGAUGCUCACGGAGAUCAGUGUGUCCAAGACCAGACUCACAGCUGAUAACGCCGACAUGAGCAGACAGAUGGAGGAGGCCGAGAGCAGAGUGACCCAGCUGACCCGCUCCAAGACUCUUGUCCAGUCCCAGCUCGAGGAGCUGAAGAAACAGCUGGAUGAGGAAGUCAAGUGUAAACAGGCUGUCAGCAGCAGUCUGAACUCAGUACAGCAGCAAUGUGAGGUGCUGAGGGACCAGCUGGAAGAGGAGCAGGACUGCAAGCAGGAGAUGCAGCGCCUUGUUUCCAAACUCAACAGCGAGGUGACACACUGGAAGACUAAAUAUGAAGCUGACGCCAUCCAGCAUGCAGAAGAGCUGGAGGAGACAAAGAAGAGACUGGCAGCGAGACUUCAAGAGGCAGAGAAGACCAUGGAAGCCACCCAGGUCAAAUGUUCCUCACUAGAAAAAAACAAGCAGAGGCUGCAAGGAGAAGUGGAGGAGCUCUGUAUGGACCUGGACAAGGCCAGCAGCUGUGGUCAGGCUCUAGAUAAGAAGCAACGAGUUUUGGAGAAGCAGCUUGGAGACUGGAGGCAGAAGUGUGAGGAGCUGGUGGCUGAGGUGGAGGCCUGCCAGAAGGAGAGCAGACAACAUGCCGGAGAGCUCUUUAAACUCAAGACAGCUCAUGAGGAGUGCCUGGAGCAGCUGGAUGCUGUACGCAGGGACAGCAAGGCCUACCAGGAGGAGAUCGCUGACCUAGCAGACCAGCUGUCAGAUGGAGGGAAGAAUGUCCAUGAGCUCCAAAAAGCAAAGAAGAAGAUUGAGAUGGAAAAAGAAGAGAUACAGGCUUCACUAGAGGAAUCUGAGGCAGCUUUGGAGGCUGAGGAGUCCAAAGUUCUGAGGCUUCAGCAGGAGUUGUCUCAGUCUAAAGUAGACAUGGAGCGCAGACUUCAGGAGAAGGAGGAAGAGGCUGAAGCUGCUAGAAAAAAUCACCAGAGGGUGCUGGAGUCCCUGCAGGCCAGUCUGGAUGUGGAGGUGAAAGGCCGCGCUGAGGCAGCAAAGCUGAGGAAGAAACUAGAGGCUGAUAUCAGCGAGCUGGAGAUGCAGAUGGACCUGCUCACCAAGAACAACACAGAACUCAACAAGAACAACAGGAAGAUCCAGCAGCAGAUGAAGGAGAUGCAGGCUCAGCUGGAGGAAGAGAUGCGGAGCCACGAGGAGCACCGGGAUCAGUUGGCAGCUUUGGAACGCCGCUGUGCUCUGUUGGUCAGUGAGGAUGAGGAAACCCGCUCAGCCCUGGAGAGCACUGAGAGAACCCGCAAGGCCCUGGAGAUAGAGCUACACAACACCACAGAGAAGUUCAGUGACCUCCACGACCAGUUUCAGUUGUCUCUAAGCGGGAGAAGGAAGCUGGAGGUGGAUCUUCAGACUCUGCAGCAGGAGCACGGGGAGCUACAGGCAGAGCUGAGAACAUGCACAGAGAGGGCAAAGAAGGCCAGCUGUGAGCUGGCCAGAGUUGGGGAGGAGCUGCGUCUGGAGCAGGAGCAUGUGCUCCACCUGGAGAGGGUCAAGAAAGGUCUGGAAGGCCAGAUCAAAGAAAUGAGCGGUCGGCUAGACGAGGCUGAGCAGCUGGCUCUCAAAGGAGGAAAGAAAAUCAUUCAGAAGCUGGAGGGGAAGGUGAAGGAGCUGGACUUGGAGCUGGACUCAGAACAGAAACGACACGCUGAGACGGUGAAAUCUCUGAGGAAGAAUGAGCGUCGUCUGAAGGAACUGCUGUUUCAGUCUGAGGAGGACCAGAAGAGCCAGCAGCGGAUGCAGGAGCUGGUGGAGAGGCUCCAGAACAAGAUGAAGGCCUACAAGAGACAAGUGGAGCAGGCAGAAGAACAAGCCAACAUGAACCUGGCAAAGUACAGAAAGACCAUCCAUGAGCUGGAUGAUGCAGAGGAACGGGCCGACAUCGCUGAGUCAGCGCUCACCAAGAUCAGGACAAAGACCAAAGGCAGCUUCGGCAAAGGGUCCUCCUCUGGUUACAGUACUCCAUACCCCACCCUUGUGCGCUCCCCCAGCUCCGUGGGCUCAGAGGGACGAGGGGAGAAGAUUGUGAAUGAAGACAACGAGUCAGUCAACUCCCUCAUCCCGACCUAUCUGGACUCCCUGAGGAAGCUCAUGAUUGAUUAGGGAAAACCUGUGGGGAAAGGUUCAGAGUUCAAAUGGUGAUUUUAUUUGUUCUGGCAUCAAAAUCAGUUUAUCAUCGUUACAGGAAGCACAAUCAGCCUGUUUCUAACGUAAGCUUUACUAUCAGUGCCUUAAAGUGGAACGAGGAUGGAACUCAUCGUUUUCUGUUAGCAUGUGAUGAAAAGCUUCUGUUUUCUAGAAAAAACGAAUAAAUGACACAAUAAAAAGA